AUGGAUCGCAGAGUACCGACCGUAUACUAUCAGAAAACUGAUCCAAGCUUACUGCUUGAAUAUGCGGAGCAACUCUCUCAAAGUGGCACUUUUAACCAGUUUUUGACCCCUCAGCAGCUCAUAGUCCUUAAUAAGGUGUUGGCGAUACAGGAUCCUGCUCACAAAAGGAGGGUGUGGCUAGAGUUGGUGAACAGUAACGUUGUGCUUGAAGUUGUUAAAAAAAUCGAACGAAGCACAGGCCAUUUGUUGGAAAAGGCCGCAACUGCCAAGGAUCUUACGACGGAAAAUGAUGAACACAACACUAAAGUCUCGGCUUCAGUCGUAGAUACACCGUCGGGAAAUAUUUCGAAAAGCCUAAAAACCUCGAAUCCUGUGCAGCAAAAUGAGGAAGAUGUCGAGGCUAUCAAAAAAGACUCCGAACUUUCACUGGAUGCUGAUUUUUCGGAGGUGGACCUCGAAAACUUACAACAACAAAUGAGCGGCGCCGAGUUUAUUGGGAAUCUUUCUCUGAAAGUAAGAUACGUCCUCUGGGAAAGCGCGAUAGACCCAUUGUGCCAGACCUCUUCGGGAGAAAUGCAACUGCGGUUGCCGUUGGAGGACGCCGCUCAUGAAAGUGAGAGAGCUGAGAAAGCAGAAAAUGGCAAAGCUCAAACCGUAGACGUACGAAGAAACGAAGAGGAAGAGGACGACUACGACGAUGAAAACUACGAUGAAGAAAGAAACAUAUCUGAUCAGAAAGAUCAGACGCAGAAAAGCUCAAAUGCUAAUGAGCCUCAGGCUUUUUACGAUGAGAACGGACGGUUCGUCUUUGUGCUAGAAAUAUCCAGAGAUACGCUGUCAGCCUUGGGCCUGACAAACACUCAAGCGGUCAUUGAAAACUUCAACAAAAUCUACCACAAUUUCGAAAACGAUCGAGAAACAUUGUUAAAGCGGCUGAAAUUAGAGGAAAGUGACAAGCUGCUUGAACCAUCCAAGAAAAGACUACGCAGUGAAGCAGAUAAUCCAUCUGAAGAAGAACUCGAGCAGCUACCGAGUUCAGACUCUGAUUUCAAAAAGUCAAAGCUACAGACAUCAGAUACCCCAGCUUUAGCUGUGAACCUCGGAUCGGCCAACCUUUCUCUUAAACAUCUAUUGGCGUCUAUACAAGACAACAAGUCCAAAUUGAACAUUUCCGAUUACGAACUGAGACACUUGAUCAUGGACGUCCGGAAAAACAGGUCAAAAUGGGCUUCAGACGACAAAAUUGGUCAGGAAGAGCUUUAUGACGCUUGCGAAAAAGUAGUCCUAGAGCUUCGAAAUUUUACAGAGCAUUCAACAGCUUUUCUAAACAAAGUGAGCAAAAGAGAAGCUCCCAACUAUUACCAAAUCAUCAAAAAACCCAUGGAUCUGAACACAGUUCUGAAAAAGCUCAAAACCUAUCAAUAUACCUCCAAGCAGGCUUUUGUUGAUGAUGUAAUGCUGAUAUGGAAGAACUGUUUGAAGUACAAUUCAGACCCUAAGCACUUUCUCCGAACGCACGCCAUCGCUAUGCAAAAAAAGUCGCUAGCGCUCAUUCCACUUAUUCCCGACAUAACAAUUAGAGACCGGUCGGAGGUUGAGAAGGAAUUGGAGGAUAUAGACAAGGAAAACGAUAAAGAGGAUGAGGCUGAGGAAGAAGCUUCCGGUACAGGUAGAAAAGGGGGAAAUGUUCGUGGAAUUAAACAGGAUGAGGAAGAAGCAAGCCCCAGCUCCUCCACAAAAGGAUCUGACGCCACUGAUUCUCUUCAAAAGGCAUCUACAGAUAAAAAUCAAAAUCUGGAGACUGAAUCCGGCGCUAACGAUACUACCGACGAUAAGGACAUCUCUUCACAAUUCGCAGCCAAGAGUAAGUUUGUUGCAGGAAAAGAACCACAGAGGCUUCAAGAAUCGACGACUGAGACUACCGAGAAUGGUGAGUCUAAAGCAAGUAAAGCUAUCGAGGGCCCUACUCAUACGGAAGAGCAAAGUUCGAUUGAUAAGGAGUCCAAUUCACAAAAGGCAGACCAGGGUGAUGGAGAGUUUUCCGAUGAGGAAGAAGACGAUGAAGACGACGAUGAAGAGGGUGAUUUGGGAUCUAACAUGUAUUUGGUGGAGAAAGACGAUGACAAGGACGACUUGGAGCUUUCCACAUGGAAAAAUUCGACAGCAAGUGUUCGCGCGGAGCUCUGCAUUAAGAGAGCUGGUUUAUUUAACGGCAACGGCAUUAAUUCUAAGGCGCCUGCCAUUCUCAAGAAUCCCAGCAAAAUGAAGGAUUUUGACCAAUUAGUGAAGGAGUACAAAGAUCAGCAGGACGCUGAGCUGCAAAGAAGAAAUUUGGAGCAAGAAUCGAUAAUGAAAAAUGGCUUUGGAACGGUGGUGAAGCAAGAGGAGGAGGAAAACUCAUUACUUCAAGCUCAACAAUCAUCUAGCAUGAGUAAUGAAAAUGACGUCGAGAAAGCCUCUGCCGAAAUCGAGCUCGACGACGUCAAUUUUUUGAGUGAGUAUAACGUGGCGAAUGCCGUUCCAAAAUUGAGAUACACUGGCCUGGAUGACAAUUUGAUAGACCUGGAAGAGAGCAAACUAGUAGAGUCAAUUCUCUCCCAGGGCAAUCUCGCCGAAACAGCCUACUUAGCGAACAAAGGCAAGGGCCUCAAUCCCAAGAUAAAUUCUAAUAUCCAGCUGAUACAGGAGAUUAGACAUAUUUGCCAUAAAAUUGCGUUGAUCAGAAUGCUGCAAAACCCACAAAACUCAUCCCAACAAAUCAAAAGUAAUUCUAGUAACCCGAAUGGCCAAAUCUGGGACACGCACAAGUACAAAUAUACCUCUCUCGAUGAUAGUAUUGAUUUGGAUCCAGUCUCCAGACUCCCAACGCGAAACAAUAAACAAGACAAACAUUUGAUUUGCCGCCUAAUGCAUAGAAAUGUUUCGAAAAUUGCAAUGUCAAAUGGAUUUGAAAGUACCCAGCCUGUAGCAAUAUCAAUGCUAACCGAGAUUGCAUGGGAAUAUCUUUCAAAUUUGGUGAAGACAAUCAAGAUUCAUCACGAAAGUACUUCGCUCAAUCCCAAGAAGCCUUACGAAAUCUUACAAAUGUCGUUACUGGAGAACGGCAUAAAAAAACCGGAUGAUCUGUACUCAUACAUGGAGGCCGAGUUUGUAAAGAAGCACAACAAGUUGAAGGACAUCAAGCUAAAGCUGAAUAACUUUCUCAAAGAGCUUUUGCGCCCGACACUACAGGAACUGUCUGAAAAGAAUUUUGAAGACGAGAGUCAAAGUUUCAUGACAGGUGACUUUUCAAGUGAGAUAACGGGCGAGGACUUCUUUGGGUUUAGAGACUUGGGUCUCGAUCGUGAAUUUGGGGUGCUGAGUAACUCUGUGCCUAUGCAGCUCUUAACUUUCCAAUUUCAAGGAAAGGGCUCAGAAGAUAAGGUGCAGGACAAGAAGAUUCAACCUGAAGAAUUUAACGACGUCACAUACGCGGAGGUGUCAGCCAACUCUAUCCAUGAAGGUCAAUUUUGGCGUACACUGCAACCGCUUCUCGAGAAGGCAUUGGCUCGCUUUAGAGCAUAUGAGGUAAAGAAUGGAAAGGCAAAAGUUAGUGACUUUGACCCGGACAAACAUCCCGACGUUUCUUACCAGAUACUAACCGAGGACGAGGAAAGACCGUCCAAGUCAAAGUCAUCAGGAAAGCCUAGAUUGCCACCUACCGGGAAAAUCAGCACAAAUUAUAGAAAAAAGCCAGUAUCUGACGCUUUCUUCGCUCCUGAUUUGCCUCAGGAACCAAUUCUGCCCCAACAGGGAAACGAGCAAGGUAGCAAUGAUUCACAGGUUGGCGAACCCCGCGAUUUGCAACCUACUAGUUCUAACGGCGAUCAUGGCAGCAGUAGGAAGAACGAUUCUUUCACUCUCAGUCUACCAAAAGUCUCCAAGUGA